ACAUAUUUCCAGAACCUAACCAAAGCCGUUCACUAUAUAAACCUAUGCCUAUCCACACAAACACAAUAGUACUCAAUACUUCAAAAUCUAAUCAAUCAAACUUUCUAAAAAUGUCUUCUAAUUCUCAGCCUUCUUUUCCAAUACACUUGUCUUUCCUUCUUCUGGUUCUGUUCAUGUUUAUAGGGUUCACUGAGUCUUUAUUCGAGGGUUUGUUUGAUCAGAUAAAACUGUUUCUUAUGCUGUCUCCAUUGCUGGUUCUACUGGUUUUGCAUUUGCUUUCUUCCUUACAAGGGUCGUUUUCAUUCACCCCUUUCCCGGAGCAAUACGCGAUUCACCAGGCCGGUGGAACCCCGUGGGGAGUUGGGUUUCUGCUUGUGCUUCUGCUUUUUAUGAUCUCUUAUCAGUCGGAUUUCCGAGAACGCUGGUUUUCUUUAUUGGGUUGAUGAAUAUGUGCGGAUUUUGGCUUUGAUGGGUGCCCUUUGAUGAGAUGUGAAGUUGGAUAAAAAUUCUGUGUAAAGAGACUUUGAUACACAUAUCUGGUACACGGUACUUGUAAAUAAGACCAUAUAUUGUCUCUGUGAAAUAUAUGUUUAUCAUAGUGUAUUUUUCUCUUCCAAAUAUGAAGACCUU